AUGAGUGGUUAAAUUGAUUAAGAAGAAGCAUUAUAAAAAUCAAAAGUAUUAUUUGAACGAAAACGUCUUGUAACAAUUUCAAAUGCUUUACAGUUGAUGGAGAAAAAUGCUAAAAAGUAUUUAGAACAAUUUGAACAAUCUCCAGAUUAUAGAUUGUUUAGAACUUAAUUUAGAUAAUAUCAACAUACAUCUUAAUUAGAUUAAAUAGUUUCAUUUUAAUUAUGCGAUUUAAGUGAUCCAGAUAUAUCAUUUUAUAGAUAAGCAGAAAAAAAAAUUUUGGUUUGUUAUAAUAAAAUUCGUGAUUAUGCACAUUUCUAAUAGAUAAUGAAAUAUGAUGUAUAAAUAAAAUAAAAUGUAUUAGUUAACUUUUUUGUAUGAUGAUUUAAGAGCCAAAAUAGAUUGGUAUGAUUGUUCAAUGUUAUCAUGUAUGAAGAUUAGAGCAUUGAAUAUAUCUGGAAAAUGUAAAUAAAGUGACAAAUAAUGUUUUAUUGAUGAAGUAAAGACUUCUCUUGAAAGAAGUGAAGUUUGUAAAGGUAAAUUUGAUGAGUACUUUGAAAAAUCUUAUAAAUAGUGUGUUAUGGAUAUUGCUCCAAUAAAUAGUAUUUAGUAAACAAAAAAAACUAUAUUUUUCUGA